AAGACUUGCCAUUAUUCCAAGUCUUGAGCAUUCUUCCAAAAUUUGUAUAUAAAUAGCUUUAUACUUGAUGAAAUAAACUCAUUCAAUCAAACACAAAUCUUCUCUUGCUAAUUAAUUAUUUCCCAUUUCUCCUUUCCUAAUGUUAAAAGAAGUUACUCCAGUAGCUUGUUGAGAGUACUAGGAAGAUGAUGAUUAGUAGAAUCUUUAUCAUUCUUUUCAUUUGGUUUCAGUUCCAAGGAAUCUUUAUUCAUUUCGUUUUCUGCUGCAUCCCUGGUGAAAGAGAAGCUCUUUUGCAGUUCAAGAAUGAGCUCACCGAUCCUUCAAACCGGCUGGCAUCUUGGAUUCACGAUAGCGAUUGCUGCAGAUGGAGCGGUGUCGUCUGCCAUAACGUGACUGGCAAUGUCCUUGAGCUCCACGUCACAAGUAAUUUCUCACUUGAUGAAGACUUGCUGUAUGGAACGAUAUCAGUGUUUGGAGGUAAGAUCAAUCCAUCUUUGCUGAACUUGAAGCACUUGAAAUAUUUAGAUCUCAGCUACAAUAAUUUUGGAGGAAUUCCAAUCCCAAAAUUUCUGGGCUCUAUGACAAGUCUAAGAUACCUUAAUCUUGGUGCAGCAGGAUUUGGAGGAAUGAUUCCCCAUCAACUUGGAAAUCUCUCAAAUUUGCAGUACCUAAAUCUAAAUGAUUACUUUUAUGUUGAGAGCUUACAUUGGAUUUCUAGUCUUAGAUCACUAGAAUUCUUUGACCUGAGUCAUGUGAACCUUAGGAAAGCUUAUGAUUGGCUACACGUCUUAAAUACGCUUCCUUCACUUGCGGAAUUACACUUGUCAGGCUGUGAGCUUUAUCCCGUCCAUCUUCCCUUGGUUAACUUUUCAUCCCUUGCAAUACUUGAUUUAACUACUGCUUUUCAACCUCAGGAGGUCUUAGUGCCCCAUUGGAUUUUUGGCAUUAAAACUUUGACUUCCCUUGAUCUUUCAGGGAAUCAUUUCCUUGGACCUAUACCAUCUCAUAUUCAAAACUUGACCUCGCUGAUACAACUCGGUUUAGCAUCUAAUGAGUUCAAUUCUUCCAUACCAGAUUGGUUGGAUGGUUUUUCUCAACUUGAGUUUCUUUACCUUCAAUCGAAUCGGUUAGAAGGUAGAAUUCCAAGUAGCAUCGGAAAUUGCACUUCCCUCGAUUCCAUUGACUUGUCCGAUAAUUAUUUCCUUGGACCUAUACCUUCUCAUAUUCAAAACUUGACCUCGCUGAUACAACUCGAUUUAUCAUAUAAUGGGUUCAAUUCUUCCAUACCAGAUUGGUGGGAUGGUUUUUCUCAACUUGAGUUUCUUUACCUUCAAUCCAAUGGGUUAGAAGGUAGAAUUCCAAGUAGCCUUGGAAAUUUGACUUCCCUCAAUACAAUUGACUUGUCCUAUAACAAAGAACUUGAAGGAGGAAUUCCAGCAUCAUUCAAAAAUCUUUGCAAUUUGAGGUCACUUAAUCUAGGGAACAACAACCUGAAUGGAACACUUCCUGACAGUUUUGGAAUGCUUGAAAAUUUACAAAACAUAGAUUUAUCACAAAAUGCAUUAGAGGGUAAAGUUUCUGAAACUCAUUUCACAAAGCUCAAAAAUCUAAAGAGCUUCAAGGCAUCUGGGAACCGUCUAGUUCUAAGAGUUAACCCUGAAUGGGUUUCUCCUUUUCAACACAUUGAAGAAUUAGAGUUAGGGUCGUGGCAUGUCGGCCCUUUAUUUCCGGCAUGGCUUCGUCCGCUUAAGCACUUAUACAGUCUCGACUUGUCCAACUCAAAAAUUUCAAGCACCCUUCCUAUUUGGUUCCUUAACAUGUCUCUCUCAGGAGUUAAUAUCAAUCUUUCUCAUAAUCAAAUGCAUGGAAAUAUUCCAUACAUCAAUUCAGACAUUGACUUGAGCUCAAAUCAUUUCGAAGGUCCACUGCCUCAAGUGUCUUCCAAUCUCAGACUUUUGGAUCUUUCCAACAAUUCAUUUUCAGGGUCGAUAUCUAACUUCUUAUGUGGUAACAUGCGUACGAUAAAUGAUAUGUCAGUCCUUAACCUUGGGAAAAAUCGUUUAUAUGGUGAGUUACCCAAUUGCUGGGAGAACUGGAAGAAUUUAAGAUCCCUCACACUAAGCGACAACAAUUUCAGUGGAAAAUUCCCUCCAUCAAUCGGAACACUAAGUGAAAUCGAGUUUUUGGACAUCCACAACAACAAUAUGUCUGGUGAAAUACCAUUGUCACUUCAAAAUUGGAAAAACUUAAUUGCACUUGACUUGCGCGACAAUGAAUUGGGAGGAGACAUUUCAACAUGGACGACAGGAGAAGCUCAUCAUUUAGCAAUUCUCAAUCUUCGUCGAAAUAAAUUUCAUGGUCAGAUAUCCGAGAAACUAUGUCACAUGGCGCCUUUACAAAUUUUGGAUCUUGCCGAUAACAAUCUCAGUGGAUCUAUACCGAAAUGUAUCAGUAAUUUGACUGCAAUGAAAACAGAAGGGGCCAGUGGACAAUGGCUCCGUCCAUAUACGCGCGCAGUGAUGAUCUAUAUAGUGAGUGCUACCAUUAUGAGCAAGGGAAGAACAAUGGAAUACGACAGAAUUCUUCGUUAUGUGAGGAGCUUUGACCUUUCAAAUAACAAGCUAUCUGGAGAGAUUCCUGAAGAGAUAACAAGCCUAGUACAGCUACAAUCUUUGAACUUGUCAAACAAUCUUUUAGAUGGGAGAAUUCCAGAGAAUAUAGGUGCUAUGCAAUCACUGGAAUCUCUCGAUUUUUCUGAAAACCAGCUUAUUGGUGAAAUCCCACAAAGCAUGGCAAGCUUGUCAUAUUUGAACUACUUAAACUUAUCCUACAACAAAUUGUCAGGAAAAAUUCCUGUAAGCACUCAGUUAGGAAAUUUGGAGGCCUCAAGUUUCAUCGGCAACAACCUUUCUGGGCCUCCGCUUACUAAGGACCCGAGAGACACUCAUACAGUUCAGAUCGAGAAGAAAAGCGGAACAGCAGACGAAGAAGCUGAAGUGGUGGAUUUGUUCUACUUGUAUGUGAGCAUUGCUCCAGGAUUUGUGGUGGGGUUUUGGGCUGUAGUGGCUCCUUUAGCUUUCAACAGACGCUGGAGGCAUUUAUAUUUUGCUUACUUAAACCAGCUGUGGAACAAAAUUUGUGAAUGCUUUUAGUUGUGGGUUAUGAUAAAUUAAUAUUGCAGAGCAAUAAAUUAAUAUGCUUUACUUAAUUUUGUUUUGUUAGUAACAUACUUAAUUAAAGGUUCCAGGUUAAUGAUGUUAAUCUUUCUUCUA